CCCUUUUGGCCAGGAAUAGGUGCAACAGUACUACUACUAGUACUUGUUCAACAGCAGCAUCAGUGGACCUCCCAUUUUUGAAUACAUUGCACACAUGUCCCAGCUUCCAGAGGCAGAUGCAAACGCAGCACAACUCAUCUACCCCCCACACGCCACAGCAAACGCAGCAGCACUCGCCAACAUCAAAUUCCUUGCUGCAUGCUUUUGUGGUGCUGUCGCCGGCGUUUUGGGGCUCGAGAAUCACUAUGGAUUCGCCCUGUUUGCGGCGUCAUCAGUGGCCACGGCUCUAGCCAUCUACCUUGUGCAUAUUGCAGGGAAUCGCGCAUAUAGGGAUGGGACUUCAUUGAAGGGAUCAAACGAUACGAACAGGUCGUCUAAAAUCAGCACAUUCGUGAGAGGAGGGGUAUGGGAGAUUCUGAAUCCAGGGCACGAGAAUUUUUUCUCAUUCAUAUUAUUGUGGACUUUGUUCUACGGUAUAGUGCAUGUGUAUGAUUGAGGGACGCUUACAAGGUUAUUUUCCCCUCUCCGGCCGACUGAGCUGCUUGUGUGAGCGCUGUUACUAAACUCGAAAUCUGUGUUAAAUGCGACAGCACCCUUGUAUUGCUAUUAAUAUUCUUUCGCUCUCUUUAAUGGAUAUCACCCCUUCCGUUUCCACGAGCCAGCCACGCGACCGAGCAACCACGUUGCAAGAAUUCAAAACUCACUCAAUAGGCUGAUUUCAUAUCCUUCAGACCGCUCAAUUCAAUAUUUGGCA